AAAAGGAGAGAGAACUUUGAUCGGUCAGUGACUGUUUGUCAGGGCUCGAUCUGGAACACUUUGACGGUGUUGCCUCAAUAACACCUUUAAACAGAGAAAAAGAAAUGUUACGUUGGUUGCUCUUUCUUAGUUUGGCCAGCCACUGCUUGGCUCUUUAUGAUCCCAACUGCAAUGGCAAACAGGUUAUGGUUCAUCUCUUUGAAUGGAAAUGGACAGAUAUCGCUGCCGAAUGCGAACGUUACCUAGCUGGCGCUGGGUUUUGCGGGCAAGUAUCACCACCAACUGAGCAUGUAAUUCUACCAGAAAACAAUUACCCAUGGUGGCAGCGUUACCAGCCAGUCAGCUACAAACUGUACUCUCGAUCAGGAAGCGAAGCUGAUUUCGUUGACAUGGUCCGCCGGUGUAACAAUGUUGGAGUGCGGAUUUACGUCGAUGCUGUUGUAAAUCACAUGACUGGCACGGGACGUUCUGGCACAGCUGACGGAGGAUCGACCUAUAACUCCGUUGGCGACGCUCGCGAUUUCCCCGGUGUUCCAUACAGGGCGGAACACUUCACUCCACGCGAUCAAUGUCCUUCAGGCGAUGGUAACGUCAACGACUACAGCAACCCGGCCAACGUGCGUAAUUGCUACCUAGUCAGUUUGACUGACUUGUACGGGAAACUAGACUACGUCCGGGACGCUGUGGCUGGUUAUUUCAACCACUUGAUUCAAGUUGGAGUGGCUGGCAUUCGAAUCGACGCAGCCAAGCACAUGUGGCCCGAGGAUAUUGCAGCCAUCUUGUCCAGACUGAACGAUUUGCCCACUGAUCAAGGCUUCCCGGCAGGAUCGAAAUUUUACGUGUUUCAGGAAGUUAUCGAUCAAAACGACGGCGCAAUUAAAGUCGACGAAUACUACGAUACAGGGUACGUGACUGAAUUCCGCUACUGUUCUAAAAUCGCGUGGGGUAUCAAGGACUACGGCCAGCUGAGCAACUUGAUCGAUUAUGGCUGGGGUAUGGCUCGUUCCGACAGAGCCUUCAUUUUUGUCGACAAUCACGACAAUCAGCGCGGCCAUGGAGGAGGCGGCAAUGUUAUCAUGCACGAAGCACCACGCGACUACAAACAAGCUGUGGCCUAUACUCUUGCCCAAGAUUACGGAUUUACUCGCAUCAUGAGUAGCUACUAUUUCACCAAUUCCGAUGAAGGACCACCUUCCAACGGAGGUUACAGCACGGCUGAUGUCAUCAUCAACGCCGACGGGAGCUGCGGUGGUGGUUGGGUUUGCGAGCAUCGCUGGAACGUCAUGAAGAAAAUGGUGGAAUUCCGUAACCUUGUGGCAGGUACAACAAUGUCGAAUUACUGGAACAACGGUAACGCUGUAGCAUUCUCACGCGGCAAUAAGGGCUUCUUCGCUAUGGCCAAACAAGGCUCAAUGACGGAAACUCUCCAAACAGGUUUGCCUGCCGGUAGUUACUGCAACAUUAUCGACGAUUGCGCAUCAUCGAUCCAAGUAGGAGCCGAUGGCACGGCUCAGGUUAACAUCAAUAACUACGAAGAGCCUAUUAUGGCUGUGUGUAUUGGUUGUGGUGGCGGCGGUGGAACUCCAGGACCUAUAGUCACGACAACAGCCGGACCGACUCCGCCGCCAAUGACGGGCAUUCAGCGUACGGUAGUCUUCGUCAAGAAGCAAACAUCUCCUGGACAGGAUCUGUUCAUCCGCGGAGGAGUCGAUUCUGCAGUUCGCCCUGGUUGCUCUCAAGAUAUCACGUCCACCUGCGCCAUUGAUUUCCAGAUAAAAUCACUGGGAACAAGUUCGCAUUACGAUAAGUACAACAGCUGGAGCACCGGUGAUAGCCGCCUUGAUUGGUAUGGAGUAGAACCAGGACAAGGAUCUUACAUGGGUCAAUCGGCGGAAGGAACUCCAUUGGCUUGGACUUCAAACUCGGCAUCCAGCCCCGGAUACCAAAGCCUCAACAGUUGGGGAGAACAUUACUGGAUGGUCGAAUUCGACAUGGAUUGCUCGCAGAGUGAAAAUGGCUGGUUCGAAGUGAAAGCGUAUCUAACUAAUGGAGCCGGAUGGGAAAGUGACAUCAAUCAGUCCACUUGCACAGGAUCGGCUGGUGGCCGAGCUCCUUACACAUCCAAAAAUCAUUUAGGUCGCUGCGGUUUCGUUAACGUCUUCGAUUUCGGCAUGAGCUCAUGCCAGAUUAGUCCGUUUUCAGCAUAAACGGCUCAAAGAAAAGACUGGCUAUCUUUGUUAAACAGGAGUUUUCACAUUUUAUCAUAACUUGAUCUUCCGAGAAAAGAAUAUAAAUUUAUUGAUUAAAAGAUAAUUGGCAUUUGAUAAAUACAACCUAACACACAGCCCUC